CAGCGGCAGGAGCAGCGGGCGGGCGGGCGGCCACAGCAGGCUCGACAGCAGCGGAGGAAGAAAGCCUGAGAUAUCAACCUAUGAAGACUGUGAAGACAAUUCUGAAUAGCAGUAGUGACUGGUGUUGCAGUCAGACUUAUUCUGCAAAGCAUCUGAAAUGAACCUCUCUGAUUGAUUGUUUUCAUUGGCCCAGAGCCAGGAGUACUGGAUUCAGUUGACUUCGUAAAUGUGUGAACCAGUGUGAUGGUGAAAUGAGAUGAGGCUCCGAAAUGGAACUGUAGCCACCGUUUUAGCAUUUAUCACUUCGUUCCUUACUUUAUCUUGGUAUACUACAUGGCAAAAUGGGAAAGAAAAACUGAUUGCUUAUCAACGAGAAUUUCUUGCUUUGAAAGAACGUCUUCGAAUUGCUGAACAUAGAAUCUCACAGCGCUCUUCUGAAUUAAAUGCCAUUGUACAGCAGUUCAGGCGUGUAGGAGCAGAAACAAAUGGAAGUAAGGACACACUGAAUAAAUUUUCAGAUAAUACCCUAAAGCUACUAAAGGAGUUAACAAGCAAAAAAUCUCUUCAAGUGCCAAGUAUUUAUUAUCAUUUGCCUCAUUUAUUGCAAAAUGAAGGAAGCCUUCAACCUGCUGUGCAGAUUGGUAAUGGAAGAACAGGAGUUUCAAUAGUAAUGGGAAUUCCCACUGUGAAGAGAGAAGUUAAAUCUUACCUCAUAGAAACUCUUCAUUCCCUUAUUGAUAAUUUGUAUCCUGAAGAGAAGUUGGACUGUGUAAUAGUAGUCUUCAUAGGAGAGCUACAAUCCCAGAAGAGUCAUCUGUUUUCAACAGAUAUUGAUUAUGUACACGGUGUUAUAGCCAACCUGGAGAAAGAAUUUCCUAAAGAAAUCAGUUCUGGUUUGGUGGAGAUAAUAUCACCUCCUGAAAACUAUUAUCCUGACUUGACAAACUUAAAGGAGACAUUUGGAGACUCUAAAGAAAGAGUAAGAUGGAGAACAAAGCAAAACCUAGAUUACUGUUUUCUAAUGAUGUAUGCUCAGGAAAAGGGCAUAUAUUACAUUCAGCUUGAAGAUGAUAUUAUUGCCAAACAGAAUUAUUUUAACACUAUUAAAAAUUUUGCCCUUCAACUGUCUUCUGAGGAAUGGAUGAUACUAGAGUUUUCCCAGCUGGGCUUCAUUGGUAAAAUGUUUCAAGCACCAGACCUCACUCUGAUUGUGGAAUUCAUAUUUAUGUUCUAUAAGGAGAAGCCCAUUGAUUGGCUCUUGGACCAUAUUCUGUGGGUGAAAGUCUGCAACCCUGAAAAAGAUGCAAAACAUUGUGAUAGACAGAAAGCAAAUCUACGAAUUCGCUUCAGACCUUCCCUCUUUCAACAUGUCGGUCUGCAUUCUUCACUAUCAGGAAAAAUUCAGAAACUUACGGAUAAAGAUUACAUGAAACCGUUACUUCUUAAAAUCCACGUAAACCCACCUGCAGAAGUAUCGACUUCUUUGAAGGUCUACCAAGGACACACACUGGAGAAAACAUAUAUGGGGGAGGAUUUCUUCUGGGCUAUAACCCCGAUAGCUGGAGACUACAUCUUGUUUAAAUUUGAUAAGCCAGUCAAUGUGGAAAGUUAUUUGUUCCAUAGUGGCAAUCAAGAACAUCCAGGAGAUAUUCUGCUAAACACAUCUGUGGAAGUUUUGCCUUUUAAGAGUGAAGGUUUGGAAAUAAGCAAAGAAACCAAAGACAAACGAUUAGAAGAUGGUUAUUUCAGAAUAGGAAAAUUUGAGAAUGGUGUUGCAGAAGGAAUGGUGGAUCCCAACCUGAAUCCCGUUGCAGCCCUCCGACUUUCAGUUACUCAGAAUUCCGCUGUCUGGGCCAUUCUUAACGAGAUUCAUAUUAAAAAAUUCACCAACUGACCAUCUUCUAAGAAACCAAUACUUUUUUUCCUGUAUAUUUGUUGAUUAAAGAUAGUGAAGCAUGUGCUUUUUUUUUACUUGAAUACUACCUCUUGUGAAAUCUACUGUAGAUGAUUGUCAUUUCCACUCGGAAAGUGAAUCUCCCACGGAUAAUUAUAUUCAUUCAAACCUAAGCUGUCCUCCAAUUUUAACUGACUCAAACAUUUUACAGUCUUGACAGCCUGUUAAUAUGACUUGUACUAUUUAGGUAUUAUACUAAUACACAAGAGUUGUACAUAUUGUUACAUUCCUUAAAUUUGAGAAAAAUUAAUGUUAAAUACAUUUUAUGAAGGGGGUACUUUUGAAAUUCAUUUAUUUUACUAUUAUAGACCCUCUUUUAUAGAUUAUCAGGGAUUAUAUAUAAAUAUACAA